UCAGCUAGUUAGCUUGGUAUAUUUAGCUGAUUGCAUUAUCGGAUCAGAUUGAACCUGUAGUCCAACGUUAUAGAGUUAAGUACACAUAGUUUACGCUGUUUUUUAGGCCAACAACAGUUGCAGCGUAGUUAGCUAACUGGUGAAGCUAACACCAGCAGCAGCUCUGUUGUUCUAGCACAUCCUGGGUUUUCUGAAAGGAGCCAAUACAGACGAUUUCCGAAAUGUCUUCAGACGAAGACAGGGCCAAGGAAAUUUUGAAGGGCUUCAAACUAAACUGGAUGAAUCUCCGAGAUGCAGAAACAGGCAAAGUGCUGUGGCAGGGAACUGAAGACCUCUCUGUACCAGGAGUAGAACAUGAAGCUCGUGUCCCAAAGAAGAUCCUGAAGUGUAAAGCAGUGUCCAGAGAACUGAACUUUUCCUCCUCUGAGAAAUUGGAGAAGUUCAGGCUGGAGCAGAAAGUCUUCUUCAAAGGGCAGUGUCUAGAAGAAUGGUUCUUUGAGUUUGGCUUUGUUAUCCCCAACUCCACCAACACAUGGCAGUCUCUGAUAGAAGCAGCUCCAGAGUCCCAGAUGAUGCCGGCCAAUGUUUUAACUGGUAAUGUGAUCAUCGAGACUAAGUUCUAUGAUGACGACCUCCAUGUCAGCACCUCCAGGGUACGACUUUUCUACGUCUGACCACUGACCCACCUACCUUCCAAAAUGCUGACGUCCUGCCAAGGUCUAUACAUUUCCAAGGUUACCCACCAUUUGCACCAGUAAACCGAUCCUUGCUGAAUUUGGAUCAGCACAUUUGGGUGAAACCCAGCUGUGGUCCCACGGUCAGUGCAGUGAGCUUUGUGUUUGGUUAUUUUCAUGUUUUGCGUUUACCUGAAAACUUCUUUUAGACCUUGGACGGAGAGGGAAGAGGAGGAGAGAGGACUCAGUUGUUCCCCUUGCUCCAAGAUCAUCUCUCUCUUCACCCCCCUCCUCAGACUGUUCCAUUGUAAAUACAUCACCACUGAUUUCAAAUCAGCCAGGAAGCUACUCUGAAAUGACACAGUUGUGUGUGCGUGUGUGUGUGUUUUUUUUUUUUCUAUUCUACCCUCCCUCUCCAAGGUUGCAUUUACUCAGGAACAGAACAUUAGACUCGUAACCUUCUGUGAUCUGAUCUUCUUUCUGUCUGAACAUGGAAACACUGCUCGCCAUUGUGUCAUCCAUUUAAACAGGAGCUGCACACUCGAGGGACGAUGAAGCUCAGUGUCUCACCUGAGCCCAACAAGUCUUCAUCAUAGAACCCCAGACAUAAUUUCCUCUAGCUGUGUCCCAGUCCAGAGGCCUCCUCCUGUGACACUUUCCUGACAGAGGAUAUAAUCAUUGGUAAAUAAGGCUGUCCCGUCUUAAAGGCCCAGUGGAAUGAGAUUUCAUUUGUUAACAUUUCUAGGAGAAAAAAAGAGAUAUUGCGAUAUAAAACAGAUAUAUUAAAAUCCUUCGCACUGGUCAGUUUUUGUUAACUUGUCAAGUCAGAAAAUUAUUGUUACCAGAGAAAAGGAAGUUAUGUGGAUAUAUUUGGCCAUAUUUGCUUUGUCAGCCAUCACCUCAACUUGAUAAGCACUGUUUGAAUGCACUGUUCAGGGUGGUCUCUGUGAGGCCAAGUACCGAAACUGCUAAUGUAGCUUUAUUCUGAAGGGCACAAAUUUGAGGCAGCCUCUGAAGUCGGACACAGCUUCUACAACCAAACCUGUCCUUUGUUCUGUCCACACCAAACAGUGCAGAACAGUGGUUUUCAGUGUAGAGUAAUGGAGGCCCAAGCACCUGUUCUUAUUCCUUAUUCCUGUCCACCACAAGGAGCCACUGGCUUAACUGGACUGCUUCUAGUCUGUACUGUACCAUUGUUUGAACUGAGAACCUGCACAUUGUCAUAAUGACACAAAGCAUUCAUCAACACAAGGGGGUUUUACUGAGAACAUCUAUGUGCUGGUCGUUUACUUUCAGAGGUACACUUCCUUAAAUUGUUCAACUUUCCACUAAAAUCAUCAUCAGGUGUUGACAGAGUCGCAAUGAGUUGCAUCCUUUAUUCUCAGUAGUUCACCUGUUUUAUAGUUUAAUCUGAACUUGACCCUGAGGUUAACAGCUGCUUAUGGUGUUUAACACAGCUCUGCUCCGUACAUCAUGGUAAGGUUUGAACUUCGAGUUCCUGUCCACUUCACUGCAUUCAUGUCAUUGUUUGUUUUUACUUUAGCUGCUAACUGAGAUUUGUAAAAUAGAUUUGUUUUAAUAUGACAGGGGUAGUGAAUUAAAGUCAUCCAAUGUUGUAA